UCCACUCGUCCACCGCAGCAGCACCGUUCCGCGAGUUUUUCCGGUCUGGGUCUGUUGAGCUCUGAGCUAAACAGCAAACAUAUUUUGUAAGCUAAUCGUCCGUUGGAUCGUUUGAUUUUCCUAAAACCGAAGUUAAAGUCGGCAUUGAUUCAGGCGACGCGCUACCGGAUGCGAAGGGGAAAGAAAACCCAACAAACAGAUCAGCUGUUGAGCAGCCAGCAAGUUGUGUUUAGUUUGUGUGUGACUAAAACCGUUCUACUCUGGCUGCGUGUGAAUCAUUGGGUGUAGCGUGUGUGAGAAAUAGUGUGAUUAAGUGGAAAGCUAGUGCUGCUUAACUGCCCUUAUCGAUACGCGAAAAUUAAAAAAAAAGCGAUUUUUUUUUCGAUUGCAGCUUCAAUUUGCACAGAACAUUGUGUGGCUCCGGUACAAAGAGAAGUGGCGUGUUUUCCGUAGUAACUUCACUGGUGGCAGAAACGCACCAGUGGCCUACUAUGUGGUGCGAAAAGAGUUGAGGAAUAUAAUAAAUCAAAUUACCGGCGUAGAUUGAAGUGAAAAAGGCGCAAAAACCGUUGCACGCUAGUAUUCGGCCGCGUGUGUAAGAAUGUUUCUGUGAAAUUCUGCCGGAAACUGUGUUUCUGUGUCUCGUUUUAGGUUUCGGCACCGAAAACAAGUUUAGUGAAGUGCCGUUAGUGCGAUGAAGUGAUUUUACAGUAUUUAAAAGGUUCCUUUUAUGAUUCAAAGUUAAAAUUACGAUCAAAAGAGCUUAAGUUAACAGUGAUCUUGAUACAGCGCUGUGGGCUGUCCUUGUGUCCUUGUGUGCAUUAGAUUGUGUGUGUGUGUGUGUGUGUGUGUGUUUUUGACAAGAAAACAAUACCCUUGCCCUUUGCCAUUAACAAAGCAACCGGCAGCAUCCCAGCAAAGCUCUGAAACAAAGCAAUGGGCUGCACGUCAUCGGCAGAGGAACGGGCGGCCGUCGCACGGUCGAAGCAGAUCGAGCGCAACCUCAAGGAGGAUGGCAUCCAGGCGGCCAAGGACAUUAAGCUGCUGCUGCUCGGCGCUGGCGAAUCGGGAAAAAGUACAAUCGUUAAACAGAUGAAAAUUAUUCACGAAAGUGGCUUUACGUCAGAGGAUUUCAAACAGUAUCGACCAGUAGUGUACAGCAACACGAUACAAUCACUAGUUGCGAUACUGCGAGCGAUGCCAAACCUUAGCAUUGCGUUCGGCAAUAACGAACGAGAGUGUGACGCAAAGAUGGUGUUCGACGUAGUACAGCGGAUGCACGACACAGAACCGUUCUCGGAGGAUCUGCUAUUAGCGAUGAAAAGACUGUGGUCGGACUCUGGCGUGCAAGAGUGCUUCUGCCGCAGCAACGAGUAUCAGCUGAACGAUUCCGCAAAAUAUUUCCUGGACGACCUUGACCGAUUGGGUGCCAAGGACUAUCAGCCGACGGAGCAGGACAUCCUACGGACGCGUGUCAAAACUACCGGCAUCGUGGAGGUGCACUUCUCCUUCAAGAACUUAAACUUCAAGCUCUUCGAUGUCGGCGGCCAGCGGUCGGAGCGAAAGAAGUGGAUCCACUGCUUCGAGGACGUCACCGCCAUCAUCUUUUGCGUGGCCAUGUCGGAGUACGACCAGGUGUUACACGAAGAUGAAACCACGAACCGCAUGCAAGAGUCGCUGAAGCUGUUCGACUCGAUCUGCAACAACAAAUGGUUCACCGAUACCUCAAUCAUUCUAUUUCUGAACAAGAAGGAUCUGUUCGAGGAGAAAAUCCGGAAAAGUCCGCUGACAAUCUGCUUCCCGGAGUAUACGGGUGGACAGGAGUACGGUGAGGCGGCAGCCUACAUUCAGGCGCAGUUCGAGGCUAAAAAUAAGUCCACAUCAAAGGAAAUCUAUUGCCACAUGACAUGUGCAACGGACACCAACAACAUCCAGUUCGUGUUCGACGCCGUCACCGACGUUAUCAUAGCGAACAACCUGCGCGGCUGCGGUCUGUACUAAAUGGGGAGCAUUGUGCGCGCCCGUCUCGUGGUCGCCGUGUGCGCGGCCCGCGUUCCUCUCCCGUAAUGUAACCAGAAACAGCGGCAGCAGAAGAGAAGAACAACGUUUGCUCUGGGUGAGGGUGGCUGCUCUGUUUUCGUGUGUGGCAGCCCUACGGCCCAACCUUCAGCCCCCCCUCUAGCGCGUCAUACACACGCACAUACCCCGCUUAUAAUAAUGGAUUGAGAAAAGAUGUACAUCGAAACGGUCGGUGGAAGCGAAAUAGGGGCAUGAUUGUAUGUUUUUUUAUGUUGUUGCUGUUUUGUUUUUGGGUGUAUGUGAGAUACAUACCGGUGGGGGGGGUCACUUGUUCCCCAAUCCCCCCCUGGGAAUCGGGAGUUCUGGGUUGCAACGGAUCAAAGGCCACAUGUUGUUGUAGCGCAAAGAUUUUGCAGGUUUAUUUUAUUGAGUUGUUGUUUUUAUUUCGACGAAGGAUUAAACGAGUACACGAGCGUGGAUUGUCGGCCCUUACACUAUAUCGUGAACUACGCGAGAAGCUCUUACUAUCCUCCCUCGCCGCUGCUACAUUUGAGGAUCAUUCGGUGUCAUAUCGGUGUCGAGAGAGAGUCGAAAGAAAAGCUUCCUCGACAGGGGGUUAAAAACGGUGACGAAACCGAACAGAAUAGGAUGAAAGCAGAAAGAGAAGAGAGGAUAUGCUUAGCCACUAAUUUGACGUCAUCGCCGUUGGUUUAAUUGCGUUUCACUCUGAGCUGAGACAGAUCGGACACUAUGACAUUACAAUAGCACUUCGCCGAAGGAUACAAAAAAGCAAACAAAAAAUAAUAUAAUUAUUAAUAAAACCUGCAGGGACAGUGGCAAUAGGGGGAAGGGUAGGGCGGGGCGAUGGGGGGAGAGGGAGGGAGGUUUACAAUGUGUUCAAAACUGCGGUGUGUAGUAGCGUACUUUUGGCCGUGGCAGGGAGCGGCAAGUACAAGCCAGAAGCAGCAGCCAACACUCUGAUCCGUGGGCUAGGAUCAGAACAGGAAUGGGAGUGAACGUUGGGAGUGUUAGCAGCAGAAGCAGUAGUAUUAGUAGCAUACUCUACCUAAAUCGCAACAAACAAACAAAAAAAAAACAAACGGAAGAUACACAGAACGCACAAGGAAAGUACUAACUCUACUCUAGUGUGUAAUCUUACCUUAUACCUUUUCCCCCAUACGAUCGCAAAGCAUACGAUCGGCAGAUAGCCGACAGGACCGAUGAGCCAGUGUGUGUGUUUUGGUUACAGUGUUUUUUGGUAGCUCAAAAUGCUCUCACGCCCCAAGUCCCUCGUACGAUUAGUGUAACAAAAAGGUGUGGCAUGACAUGUUUUAUUCGAGUUUUCGAAUUCGAAUCACAUCGCAAAAAUGGAACCGGCACGUGGCGCUUUCGCGUUUCGUGUUUUUUCAUAUCUUUUCGUGCAAAAGAAAACAAAAAUUGGGGAAAACACAAGAUGCACUUGUUUUGAGGGAAACUGCUUGUCACGCCCCAACGGCUUUACGACCUGGGCAGGAGACAUUUUCGUUAGCUUUGUUCGGUGGUGGAAUCUAGCUAAAAAGAAACAUUCUUCCUCGUUUUGAACUAGAGGAAGAAAACGCACUGCGCGCGCGCACGCACACAUAUUUCCCAAUUUAUUGUAUGUAAUGUUUUAUGUUGUUACGUUUUGUUUUGUUUUUUUUUUUUUAAUAUUAUUUCGGCUGUUAAGGAGUAACACGUACACGUAAAGAAGAAGUAAGGAGAAAGGAAACAGAGAAACCUAUUUAUUAUUAUUGCUAUUUGUAUUAAUACUACUGUAAUUAUUCUUAUUGCGUACAUUUAGAGAGAAAGAGAGAAAGGGGGGUUGGCUCGUCGCCGCCAACUACUCGUGUGCGCGUGAGUGUGGAUGUGUGUUUUGCCAGCCCCAUUUUAAAAGUGUUUGGCAAAACUGAAACUAAACAGUUAAGGUAACCAGCGCACAUCUGUUCGGGAUAGGUAACGACCACAAACAAACGCAAAACUUGGUCCUAAAGUUUCGGUGGAAUGAUACGCACACAAAAAAAAAACGCAAAAUGCUAUCCAAUCUCGCGAUUUAGCCCAGUUGGUGGUUGUUUGAAGCAUCGGGUAUACUUGUUAAGGCCCCAAAACAAAUGCAAAAAAACGGCACGGACAAAUGGAUGUGAUUGUCCGUUAGGAGAUGAGGCGCACAACGUUACAUGCGGGUUAGAAACGCUAUUCAGUUGCAUCUACAUUCCUUAACGAGGGUAUUUCUUAAUGGUUAUUUGCUACAACAAGCGCACACAAACACACAGCACCAUCGUCCCUGUUCCCUCCCUAUCGUUCCUAUAAAUACCAACCAACCCCGUAAAGUCCCAUCCAGUAUUUUUCAUAAAUGAAUCGCGCCACCAUUUAAAGCCUACCAGUCAGUCACACACACGCACACACGCACAUGCAAAUCAGAAAACAAUGCACAAUAUUUAAGAGAGAUUCUAUUAAUUAGUACUUUAGCACCAAAGCAGAAGCAAACGAAAUCAAAGAUUAUUGAAAGAUCGGCUCGUGUGUGUGUGUGCGUCAGCACAAGAUCACCCUCUAGUUUACCCCCUCUAGUGGGGCGGAAGGGACGGCGGGUGGUGAAGAGGGUGUACUCUAUUUUCUAUCGUUAAGCUCUGCCGCAUAACACGUGUCGCGCUCACGUCUUCUGCCUUUUCCGCAGCUUUGUGCCAACGAAACGAAGAUCGAUGUUUGUUCUCUAUCUUUGCUACAGUUAAGGGAUUUUGUCCGCGUUGUUUUGUUUCACCCCCUCCCUCCCCUUUUCUCUCUGUGGUUGUGAAGAAUGGUGAAGGAUGCUGUAGAUGAAAAGGCUACUAAUGCCAGGAACAGGUGUGUGCCCAUAUAAACAUGCGCUUCUUUGCAGUUAGUUUGCCCUUCUUUUACCACCUUUCCUUGCACUGCCCUGGGUGAGUGUGUGUGUGUGCCAUACCGGGUCGUCCGUACGGCUCGGCACGGCUGGUACCACCCCGAGGGCUUCGACAAUCCGACGGUAACAGAUUUAUGUAUUUUUCGUCAAUCGAUACGUUUUACGCGUAGCAAUACACAACAGUCCGUUUAAACAAUCCUUUAGUAAAAGUACAAAGCUAUCUCUCUCUAGCCUCUCGUUCUUUAGCAGCGCUUUGCGUAUUUAUAUUCCGUUUAGGAUAGUUCGAAACGCUACCACAACCACACCAGGCGCCCUGCCCUGUUGUACACGUUCGAUAGUAACGGCCGUAAAUGUAACAAAAAAGGGUUGGGUUCAGAAAAUCAUAAAAUCAAAACUAUUGGCAAAUUGGCUUUACCAGCAACACUCGCCGUGUGUGUGUGUGUGUGCGCUCACAAACGACCAAAUAAUGAAAAUUCAGAACAUAAUCUGCACACCAAGCGGCGAAAGAAGGAUCCUGGCUGAACGAAACAAAACAAAACAAAACUAACCACAAGCGUAACGCGCGUAACGGUGUGACCGGUGGCAGGUAACGCAGAGAAGAAGUGUAGCACGUGCGGCACCGUGAGCACCGUGAAGGAAUGAUUCUACUUCUAUUUUUGAUAAAAAAAAGAAAACAUAAUUUUUAAUAUUUUUUCUACAAAUCCUAUAAACCAGACGAACACGAAGAUGCCGGAUUGCGCCGAGCGGGAAGUAAUGCGCAAAGCACCGUUUGCUGCAAGCGCCACAUCAAACCGUGGCACACCGUGUCUAGGUGCGCGCCAUGUCGCUUAAGAGAGAAUCACACAUCAUACACGCAUUAAAACACACAUACAGAAACAAUAGCGUAAACUAUAUAGUAUUAUGUAUUAAGAAAUAUCUCAAUGAAAGUAUGGGCGAAAAAUGAAAUCAUUUCUAUUGCUAUUUUCUCACCGGCAGAUUGUAUCGUUUGUUUUUUUGUAUCUUUUCCAACCAUUGUUACGCACGGUUCCUUGCUCAGCAGAGAAGGAGGAGUGUAUUGUAUUGCCGACAAUGGCCGACUAUUUGCCAUUUUGUUCGAAAGCAAGACAUACCUAAUCUGCCUGUGCUACAUAAUAAGCACUGUCGAAGCAAAAAGCGCUUUCUAAACGUAUCCCACUUUUCAUCACUUCCGGGGUUUUCGGUUCCAUUUCAAACAGGGUUUUCUGAAUUCUAACGGUAAAUAAAUCAUCUCCACGUGCUUAUCAAUCAAAUACGGAAACGGAGUGGCCGCGCAUUCGCGCUCCCUAGGAGCAAAACAUAGCACAAACAUAGAACUAAUACAACAAGCAUAAUUGCAUAAAACGCGAAACUUGCGGCUAUGUAAGUACCGCGAAGGAAGGAGCAAAAACCCGCACGCAAAAGGUGUAUCCGAACGAAGAAAAGAGAGAAAUAGAAAAUCCAAACACGCCAAUACGAGAGCAGAAGAAACACUUGGAAACUGGAUGAAUGAAAUUGUACCGCACAAGUGAGGCAAACCUAUAUCCGCUUUUGACUACCCAAAAUAAGUAUCUUUUUUGAGUAAACAAAAGAAGAAGAAGAAGAAGAAGAAGAAGAAGUAAAACCAAUGAGUAAAGAAAAGGAGGUGGUAGUAAGCGCAAAACACACACACAUACAAAAACAAACAAACAAACACAAAUAAUCUAAACAAAUACUAUAAUAUUUGACGAUAAAAAGAGAGAAACAUUUAGAAUGAGAAAACCAAUGUGACAUAAAACAAGUGUGGCAGUGAGCAGCAGGCGGCUAGAAAGGAAACUAUCUUAGGAACAGAAUGAAAUGGUUAAUAAUAAAAAAGGGUAGGAAAAAUCUACAACAAGAAAGAAAAAAGAAACUAAAGAAGAACAAAAAAAACAACCCCUACAAACAUACGAAAAGAGAUAAAACUAAAACAAACCCUAGAUUAGAACGCGUUACGUGAGAAAAGUGAACAAACAAACUGAAGCAGAUUGGUUUAAGGCAGCGGAAGCAAAGUGAUGCUGCAGCUAGUAUCAAUAAUAGUGGCAUCAACACGCAAGAAUCUUUUUUCUCUCACAAGAGAAAACACAUCAAUAAGUCAAACUCUGCAGUAUAAAUCAACCACAUCAAAACACAAUCCCCUGGGGCGUCGUCCGCUCUUAGUUAUUACGCAUUUACUACGCAUCACACAUAAAUCGAAGCUAAUUGGAUAAGGAAGACAUUGGACAUUGGGCAGCUGAAGAGAUAGAGGGGUAGCAUCCCGCGCCAUCCCACGAGCUCUGGAGUGCGGGGGGCACAGGUUUUGUUAGAUAAAGAUUCGUUUUUUCUCGCCAAUCCCAACGCCAACAAGCAGGGCAGGAUAAGUGGCAGGAUGUCUAGGUAUAAAUCCCCCGCUCGGCUGAUAUAUCGUUCCGAAUUUAUUGCUAACACCAUAACCAAUAGUCUUACGGCGAUAUUAGAUCAUUCAUCCCGAAUAGAUCCAUCAUUGCCCUUCCCAAAAACGCACACACACGAUUUCCGUCGCGAAACGCGUUGUGUGGGGCUGCAAAACGACGGACGCAGGUCCUUGCUUCUUGCGCAUUACGCUUCAAAUCGUGUGGCACGUGGCUUUUUCUACACACAACAACUACAACAACACCCGCUACCAAUCUCUCUCUCUCACCAUUCUGGUUUUCUUCUUCACUUUCAACAACAACAACACACGUUCGCACAACGCGGACAAAGGUGGUGGUGGUGAAUCCUUUGAGUAAGUAAGAAUUUAAAGCGACAAAAACCAAACUAAACAAACAAACAAAAAAACGCAUUCAUACAGAGAUACAGACAUUUAUUCUUAUUACCACCUCGAAAAGUUCGCUGUUUGGGGGAUGGUUUGUGGAAGUAGUUUGUGGAAACGCUGUGUGCUGUGGCUGCAGGAAUGAGAUUUGUUCGAGAAACUAGAAGCAAGAGGAGAGGAAGAAGAAGAAGAAGUAAAACAAAAACGUCUCAAAUUUAUUACAAAACUUGAUGAAAGGUAGCAAAAAAAACCUGGUAAUAAGAAACAUUGCGAAUGUAGCUAUAUAUAGCAGAGCAGUAAGAGGAGAGGGGGGAAUAUGAAAGAAGGUAUGCAACAUUCAAAAGAAGUAUAUAUAAAAUAACAAAACAAACAAAACUAUUAGAAACUGUAAAAUGGAACAAAGAAGAGAGAGAGAGAAAGAGAGAACAAGGAAACAAGAAGUUAAAAGAAACCAUACAAAAAAGGUAAAAAGAUAAAAGAUUAAUAAAAGUCGUAAACAAACAAACAAAACAAAACAAAAGAGAGUGGGGAAAGCAAAACAAAACGUGAACUCUGGAGAUAGCAAGCAAAACGAUGAAAUGUACACCAAUAAAAUGAGUACCUUCGGGUACAAAAACCUACUUCCAAUGCAAACGGAAGUGGUGCGUUUUUUUUGCUUUAUCAUCAACUCUCCCUGCUCUCCCCCAACAAAACGAGUGUUUAUGAAGCGCACGCUAACAUAUGGGCUAAUGUGUAAAGGAUUGGAAAAUUUGAAGAACAAACCAAAGGAAAUGGAAAGUGAAAACACAAAAGGAGAUAAAACUACUUUGUGCGGCACAUACAAAACAAAAAAAAGACCCCAACAACAUCGCAAACUCUUUCUCUGGUGGCAUUAAACAGAACAAAAAGAAGAAGAAAAAAAAAACGUCGUAGAUACAUCACAUUAUAAAGGCAUAUAUAGGGUUGAGUAAACGGUACACAAACAUCCUCUCUGUCUCUCUCUCCGCAUAACAGCAGCAAAACGCAGCAAAUCAGCAGCAGUAAAAGGUGGCAGGAGCAAAGGCAGGUUAAGAAUAACAGAGUAAAAGCACCACAAACCCGAAAAAAAGGAACAAACAAACAAAACAAAACAAACAAAAAAGGUAAACCAAACA